AGAAAACAAACCUAACCCCUUUAUUUCCUUUUUCAAAAAACAUACACAAACUAAAACCAAUCACUAACCUCUCUAUAAAAACCACAUCAAAUACAACAAAAACAACUUCAUCAUCAUCACAAUCGAAUUCACUCUCAAAAAACAUGGCAACAACUAAUAACCGUCGCAUUAGAACACCAACCUAUCAAUUCCUUCCUAAUUCAACAAACAACAACGUAUCUGUAACCGUCACUGAGUCAUCACUCUUCGAGUUCGACGAGUCCGAACUUUACAACUCAUCAACGAGUCUGAACGAGUCUGAAUUUCGCAAAACAAUUCACACUUCUCGUUUUCACGCUACAAAAUCUUCUUCCGGUAGAGAUCCGUCGUCGUUACCGAUUAACGUUCCUGAUUGGUCGAAGAUUCUUGGAGAUGAAUACAGACAGAAAUCACAGAAUCGGAAUUACGAAAACGGUUAUGAUGAUGAUGAUGAAGGAUAUGAAGAAAUGAUUCCGCCGCAUGAGUUUCUUGCCAGAAAGAGAAUCGCUUCGUUUUCUGUUCAUGAAGGAGUUGGAAGAACUUUGAAAGGACGCGAUCUUAGUAGAGUGAGAAAUGCGAUUUGGGCUAAAACCGGUUUUCAAGAUUGAACCGGAUAUUGGAUUGGAUUGGAUUGGACUUCAUCAAAUCAUUGAAACUUGUUUUUGUUAUAAUUUCUUUUUGAUUUUGUGGAGUCUAUAUCAUUUUGUUGAUUUUUGAGGAUUUUUGUUUUUCAAUAAAUUUUUCUGUUAUUAUCAAUGUCAUUAUCAUUCUUAUUCAUUUACAUUUACUACUA